AGGAAUCGUUCAACGGGUCCAUUGAAUGCAUGCCGUGGCUUGCGGUACCCUGGAGACGGACUAACAUUCGAACAGAACUUGCCCAACUUUUUGGAGUUCGAGGAAUACCGACUUUACUGCUUAUCGACUCAAACGGCCAUUUGAUAACCUACGAUGCGAGACAGGAUGUGACUGAGGAUCCGCAAGGACAAAAUUUCCCGUGGAAACCAAAACCUGUCAAUGUUUUGACGGACAGAUACAUCGCCAAAUUGUAUGAUUAUCCAGCUGUGAUACUGUUUGUAGAUGGUGAAGAAACCGAAGUUCAGUUUGCCGAAGCAGUUCUCCGCCCGGUGGCAGAGGCCUACUACAAAAAGAGCAACAUCAAUCUGGACACACCUGACGAAGAUUUCCUUUACGGAUGCGACCACGAGCUGUACCUGCAAUUCCUCAUUGGAGUGGAUUCGGAAACGGCAGACAUUGUUCGAGAACUGACCGGCAUCGACGACGUUGUUCCCUUAUUGGUAGCUGUCGACAUAUCGAAUCGAAAAGUUGCCGUUAUGGAAUACGGCGUCGAAAUAACUGAAGAAUCCGUAGCCUGUUUUACAGAACAAUUCCAAAAGGGAGAACUGCACACGUACUCGAUAGUGGACAAAAUGAGCGAACAAGUCAACGACAAAUCAGAAAGCAGAUGAAAUAAACCUCAAGGUUCAUGUACCAUCUAAAUUAACUCCUGAAUUAUUAAAAAUCUUGGUAUGUGCGAGGAUUGAUCCCUCUGCUCCACCUUUCACUUCGUAUAUUCAAGUUUUUGACUUCCGUACCUCUAAAAGUAAAACGAAACUCUUAAUAAACUCUUUGAUAUUUGACGUAAUCAUAAAGUCUUAUAUAUUUUUGCGUACACUAUGCGGAUAUCUGUCUAAUUAACUAAUUGGGAUAAACUUAACUUUUUUGCGAAAUUUUGUCUAAGUGUCUUAUUCACACCUAUAUUGUAAUACUUUAAACUGUCGAAUUUGGUUUGAUUAAUUUUUUUUAAGGGCAUUAAUACGAAGCUUCAAAUAGUAUCACCCCCUAAGAGAAUUAAUGCCAUAAACCCUUUCUUACUCAUUGUAUACAUCAUAAAGGAAACCUCUGCAGAAUUCCAGCUAUCUAAAGAUCUAAGGCUUUAGCCUUCAGGUUGAUGACUUAGUAAGUCAGUUGGUCAGAACUUCUUUCUUUUCUUAUAGGUUGCUGAAAAUGUACUACGUAAAACAACCCCAUACAGUUUUCAUAGAUGCUGAAACUGAAAUUAUGGGGUGGAAACACAUAUAUUUAGUAAUAAUUUUCUUGAACAUUACUAGAAAAAGUUUGGUAGUGUUCGAGAAUUAUUUUGGCAUUGCCUCUCGUUUUACCUAAGUUCUUCCAGCCCCAAAAAGUUCAAAUACAUUACAGCCGAUGGUGAUGUACAUAUACAUAUGAAAGCGCCAGGCAGUAGCAGAGAUUGUUACUGAUGAGCAAAGCUCAUCUUGGUCUUGCAAACUGAGUGUUGGUCUUACGAAGAUGCAAUCCAAGAAUGUAUUUAUGCUAGUAAGACUUAGACCAAGACCGAACGAACAAGACCAAGGCUAAAACCAUGACCAAACAAACAAGACCAAGACUAAAGCCAAGAUCGAAUAUCCAAGACUAAACGAAGACUUAUUACUUCCGAUGGAUUUAUGAGUUAAACUAUUUGAAGCAACUUUAACAUACUCUUUUCUU